GCUACGCUACGCCACCCCACCCCUACCCCACAGCACUAUAUAGUCUUUCUGGUGAUGGUCCGGAUAUGACUGAUGGCUUUUGAGUGCCUCGCAGUGCAGUGCCUAAUGAGUUAAUGCCCCGGUCUGUGAUUUAUUGGUCUAUAGAAUGCGUUAUAUAUUACAUGAAUAUCGGAAUAAGCUUGUACUUUUUGUGCCUUAGAUUCCCAGUGUAUGUGGAAGUUAUACUCGAUCAUGAUUUAUCCCAUGUAUGCAAUCACCAUCAAGGUAUGCUAUCAUACCAACAGAAAUAAACCCCUACCACAUGCCAAAUCAUACUAGACUAAUUACACCAUCAUCAUCUUUGUCCU